AUGAGUCACGGUACUGAUUCUAUGCAAUAUAAUUAUGCUGAACAAGUUUCAAAUGCUACACAGUAUAAUUAUACUGGACACGUUUUAAAUUCUACCCAAUAUAAUAUUGCUGAACAAUCUCAAGAAGCUCGAUUAAUAAGCCCUACUCAAGAUGACUUACAAAAAGCUCUACUCGACGAUGACGCCUAUCAAUCAACUAGAGAAUCAUGGAAUACUUCAGGUGCAACUUCCAGGCAUGAUUAA